UUGUCGCCGUUCCGAAUAUAGGGUCAGUGACGUGAUUGUUUACUAUGAUGGCAACGCCUCUCGCUCUCCCACAGUUUCUCGUGCAUUGUCUUGCAGUUCUCACGUGCCGGCGCACUUUUCUCGGCCUAAUUUGUGGGAUAAGAAGUAUUUUCUUGCGUCCGCCGUGUGGUACAGUUAGAUCGAUCGUGGCUGUGUGGUGGUUAGGGCGUCGGAGUCAUCGCCCGUGAUUCACGCCUGUACUGGGGAAGUUUUCCUGUUAAUUGCCGGUUAUCGCGUCGUGUAAUUGUCUGGCGAGUGGUUUCCUUGUUUUGGCGUGUUGCACCACGAUGGUGCGGUUGGUGUAGCUAGUGGUAUGGAACUGUCGGCUCUCGCGCGCCUCCUGCGGCCGGGAGACCGAGUGCGAGUGCAGACAUGUUCUCGGCGCUAGCGUAUCAGUUGUCCACCACAUUCCUGGAGGAGUGUGACAAGAAGAGCCCGCAGAACUCCGAGGCGGCCAAGUUCACGGACUACUUCGGGGUCUACGACAAUAUGGGGGCUUGCGCUUCCAAGUGCGGGGCGUCUCGUUUCCGGCGGCCCGUCCCCGCCAAGAUGUCGAAGAAGCCGGCGCCUGCGCCGACCUUACACAAGGUCAUCAUGGUAGGCUCAGGGGGCGUUGGAAAAUCCGCCCUGACUCUCCAGUUCAUGUACGACGAGUUUGUUGAAGACUACGAGCCUACUAAAGCUGAUAGCUAUAGGAAAAAGGUGGUUUUGGACGGCGAAGAGGUCCAGAUCGACAUCCUAGACACAGCCGGCCAGGAAGACUACGCAGCCAUCCGGGACAACUAUUUCCGGUCUGGCGAGGGUUUCCUCUGCGUAUUCUCCAUCACUGAACCUGAGAGCUUCGAUGCCACGCAAGAAUUCAGGGAGCAGAUACUUCGCGUAAAGAACGCCGAGAACAUUCCCUUCCUGCUCGUCGGCAACAAGUCAGACCUGGCGGAGAAGCGGCGCGUGCCGCUCGACACUUGCCGAGAGCGGGCGGCGGCUUGGCAGGUGCCCUACGUUGAGACCUCCGCCAAGACGAGAGACAAUGUGGACAAGGUGUUCCUGACCCUAAUCCGAGACCUCUCGCGACAAAAGGCGGGGAUCGAAGAAGAGCCUCAACAGCCGAAAACUAGAAGAAACUGCGCUUGCCAUAAACAGUGCUGUGUCAUCUGCUGAGACCGACGAAACAAAAAGUUACGGCAAAUCGGGUCAUACAUAUGGACAACCAAUUUAAAUCGUAGACCAGUCUUGAACCGUGUCUAAUUGACAGCGUGCUUUGUUUGCUAUAGCCGUCACUUUCAAGUUUAUUGUGAAAAGGUUCUACAGUCUGGCAAAAAAAAGUAGAAAUGGAACUUUUUAGGGUUCCGUAGUCAACUAGGAACCCUUAUAGUUUCGCCAUGUCUGUCUG